GAUCGAGAGGCUCAUAGCCAUUUAAAACAGCCAAAAUGUUCUACGAUCUCAACGUUCCCUACAGCUCGGAUGAUCCUGAGAUCUCUCACACCUUGAAUUUCCUCGCGGAGAUCGGUUACACAACCGUUGCGCUCUCUCAGACGAUCAGUGGAAAACUCCCUCCAAACCUAGCACCCCCAGCCGCGCCUGCAAAUGCUCCGAAAUCCCUAGACCUACUCACUCGUCUGAAUCUCAUCCUCUCCGAUCCCUCACAAAACCAGCGCCUUACCAGCCUGACACAAGCAUAUGACCUGGUCGCGCUACGUCCCACGAACGAGAAGUCACUACUGAACGCUUGUACCAACUUGGAAUGCGAUCUGAUCUCCCUUGACUUCUCCGAGCGAAUCCCAUUCCAUUUAAAAUUCAAGAUGCUCUCUGCUGCCAUUGAGCGCGGUAUUCGGUUUGAGAUUUGCUACGGAUCCGGCAUCACGGGAAGCGGACUUGACGCGCGACGGAACCUCAUCGGGAAUGCUAUGUCGCUUAUUCGGGCCACGCGCGGGAGGGGUAUUAUCAUAUCAAGUGAGGCUAGGAGGGCAUUGGGGGUGCGCGCGCCUUGGGAUGUGAUCAAUCUGGCAUGCAUCUGGGGUUUGUCACAGGAACGCGGCAAGGAGGCAAUCUGCGAAGAAACAAGGAAGGUGACUGCUCUGGCGAAGCUUAAGCGGACCAGCUGGCGUGGGGCUAUCGAUGUCGUCUACGGCGGGGAGAAACCGAAGGUCGAAGACGCACAACCAAAGAAGAAGGGAGCGGCUAAAAAGGCUACACCUCAAACAGAAGCAAAUGCGGACACUCUGAAGAGGAAAGCGGAGCCAACACCCGAAGAGGCCGAGAAGUCGUUGUCAAAACGGGAGCAGAAGCGCAGAGCAAAGAAAGUGCGAUUGGAUGGCGCAGGGGAUGGUGCCGCGGACGACAAAACUGCCAGAUAGUUGAUCGACAGGCUAUGGAGUUACAUCGUUAAGUCAUACAGAAGCCGCAAGAUGCGAAUCGCGCGUGUGCCUGAACUAAGUGCAGAACAUAGCCACUUUGGGUCGCGCACUCAUUGCCACUUCUGUGCUUCUGCAUCCACUCAGGAGGACACCAAUCUGGAAUUGCCCUGGUCCAAAUGCUCUAGCCAUGACCGUCGAAUGACAGUGUGCAGCAGACCAACCAUGACGAUGCUGUUCAGAUUUUGGCAUGGAUAUCUGCUUGUCAUCAGCACCUGGAUCACUCGACCAAACUCUGACUGAUGAGAGUCAUGGAUUGACGUCCGUCGGGGGAUCAUUUGCAUUUGGUUACAAUGAAUUAUCCUAUGGCAUGUAUCCGGAAGGUGGUGAUCAUAGCAUAGGAGGUUCAAUGUGUACAAAUCACACGAGCUUAUGAAUAUAGUUAGAUACUCUUGAAUCGAUAAUCAAGUCUACAUUCUCCA